GCAAGGCAUGCGCGGCGCCGUUUGCGUACUUCAGAGGCGGUUCUGUUACGUUAGCGUAGCCUCAAAAGGGACGGUCAGCUGGCACGAUUGCCAACUAUUAUUGCAUUUCUCUUUGCAUUCGGGGGUUCUUGUUGUGGUUUUAAAGCAUGAACAAAAAUUAUUUUACAGCAGGUCGGGGGAGAAGACCAGCAGUUCCCGACAAAGUCGACAUGUCAUUAGAUGACAUCAUUCGGUUGAACAAAAAAGAGCAACAGCUAAAAAGGAGACAGGCCACCGUGAACCGCCGACCUGUCAAGAAGAAAGGCCAUUUAACCCAAGGAAAGGGAGUUUCGUCAAGGACUGCUGGGCCAUUCCAGAGAGGAGGUGGCGUGCCCCGAGGAGGCGCACCUAAGUUAAGAAACAGAAGGGUCCCUCCACCACCGGGUCGACGACGGGGUCAAGGGGUUAUCACAGGACUGGCAGCCAGGAGACCAGCUACCCUGCUGAAACGAGUCGGAACACUUAACAGAGCAGCAAUCAACCAGAAAACAAGACAGAAAACAAAGCCCUUCAUUCAACGCCCUGAAGCCCAGUACAGGAAGACAGAGGUACAGAGGCGGCCGUACAGGCAGCCCGAUCCACAGAGAGGCCAGAAUGCGACAUCAGUCAGGAGACCAUUUCAGCUGCAACGGCGACCACUGCCGCCUGUCCAGCACACUCAGAAGGAAGCACGCCAGGCCACAUUUCUUUUUCGCAGAGGACUCAAGGUACAGGCCCAAGUGCACAAGCCAAAUCCUCAAACUCCUCCAGUCAGAACUCGCCAGUGGCGCACAUCAACAACCAGCAGUGGAAUCUUGACUGUUUCAAUUGACAACCCCACAGCUAGGACUCAGCCUGAGCCUCCCACUGCUUGGACCCUGCAUCCCCCAGCUGCCAGCUCUGCUCCUGUCAAGGUGGAAACGGUGGAGAAGAAAAUACCAAAAGGAGUGCCUCUGCAAUUUGACAUCAACAGUGUUGGGAAACCGCAAACAUCGAUGACCUUGAAUGAGCGAUUCCGCAUCCUAAAAGAUCAGCGCACCGCCACAUCACAAAGCAGUAAAGGCAGCCGGUUUGUUACCGUGGGUUAGCCGGCAAUGAGACAGCGACGAGUAAUACUCAGAAUCCCCUUUUGUCCUGCUCAGACCCACACAGCGAACCCCACCUGUCUAAUGAAUGGGACGUGCUGACCCACUGAGUGACUUUACUAAUGGGAGGGAGGGCAACUGUGGGACAAACUGAGAACUCAAGUGUCAGUGGAAGAGUUUGUUUAAAGUAAGUUCCCAUUCUUCGUCCAUAUCAUUAUACUGGGCUGUUUUUAUUGUGGAUGUCCUAUUCAGGGAAGGAAAGUGCGCUCCCCCCCCCCCUGCUCUUUGGACUUGGAACCGUUGACACUGUUAUGAGGACCGUUUUGGAAGUAUUUCUUUUUCACAGAGGACUGCUAUGUAUUUGCUAGGGUGGCACGUAUGUUCUCAAUACCCUGUUUUGACAUUUUUGAGAAUUUUGUAAUGUUUCCUCAAAUAAACAAGUUUCUCUUUAAA